AUGCACCUCAAUCCCUUUUCACUCCUCUGUGUCCCUCUCUUGGCAGUCCUGGCAACUUGUGCUCCUGUCGACACGGCUGGACGGUACGAAUCAGAGCCAUGGCAGCUUCAGAACAUUUCUAUCUUCGAGUCAUUUGCGAAUUCCACCCAACCUUCUUACAUCAGCUUCACAGUCCGUUCGACAACUCCUGGACUAGCAACCGUCGUCAACUGCGAAGGAUCAAUGCCUAGGCCGGGGCGACCCCUGGCGGGUUUCAAAGGAGUAUGCUCAGACAAGAACAUCCGGUUCAGAUAUGAAGGGGAAUCGGAGUUCAAGAUCUGGAUUGUCCGAUCCAUCGCCGACCCUUCAAUAGGUCCGCCUUCGUUUGGUCGCACUGAUUCGGGCUACUGGUACCUGAAGCCAUGGCCGGAGAAUAUGAACCAGGAAAGCGGUCUGAGAGGUGUCUUGUACACCCAGAACUGCCUCGAAGUUCGUGCAACACUGACUGCGGCAAAAUGA